UGUUUUGUGUUCCGAAAAGAACCAUUCAAUCAAUCUCUUCUUUCGUUUAUAAAAAAACUUUUACUACAAAAAUCUAAUCAAUCAGAUCUCGUCAUGGCCGCAGAAGAAUUCCAAGAGUCCGAGGUUAUAUUUUCCGACAACACCAGCGACAUUUACGCCACACGUCUUCACCAAGAAGACGAUGACGGCGGCUACUUCGAUCAUCGAGUAGGAUUCUCCAGAAACGCCGGCGUUUCACGCAAGGAAAAAUCCAAGAAGAAGAAGCAGAAGAAGAAGAAAGUAGCUGCCGGUUCGCUUCCCGUCAACAUUCCGCGUCAUCAUCGCGACGGUGUUUUCGGCGGCGAUCUUGAGGAGGAAGGCAUCGAGGAAGGUGAAAUGGUGCCGCCGCACGUGAUAUCGGGGAGGAGAAUUGCCGGGAAAGUGGCGUUUUCCGUUUGUACCGGCAAUGGAAGGACGCUUAAAGGGAGGGAUUUGAGUCGUGUUCGGAAUUCGAUUCUCAGAAUGACUGGAUUUUUGGAAGCAUAGUCAAAUACUCCUCCGUUCUCCUUUCUCUUUCAUUUCCAAAUUUCAGAAACGAAACGAAAAGAAAAACCCGGUUUCAUUCGUUAAAUUAUCAUCCGGGUUUUCUCUGUUGAUUCUUAAUUCACAUAAUCAACAAUCAAAUCAGAACUCUUCUAUG